AUGACGGCGCCCAAGCCUGCGGAUAACUCUCUCGCCGCCAUGAUGGAAGAUCCGUUCGUUUCGAAUAACGGGCAACCCCCCGUGCCCCGCGAAUCUCAUCGCUACUCGUCCUUCGAUACACAACUUUUCAGCCUUAAUGCUUCUUCGCCAGCGCAGGCCAAGCGGGCCCUCGAGGCUCAUCUGGCAGAGACCGAGCGACGCCUGGAGGAGGCGUCCAAGUUGGGAACUGCACUCAUUGAUCAACAGCGACAACUCGAGGAACAGCUGAAACAGGUCGAACAGCAACAGGAUGAGGGGGAAAUGGGCCCGGAACUUCGACAGAAACUUGCCGAUCUGGAACGAGAGUACAGUGAGAUUGGUCGAGAGACGGCGCGCGCAUUUUUGGCUCCCAAGCGGUUAGCCGGAAGCGCGGAGGAGGCCCAGCCGGGUACACCAGGGUUCGAUCAAAAGUCUCCUAUCAGCCCCGCUCUCUUCGCCAGCCAAGCGACAAACUCUCCCAGCAAAGUCAGUGUUCCGUCCCGCAAGCAGCGCAACCAACCAGCCAGUCGAGUGCACGAUAUCGAAUUUGCGACCGAGAUUUCCACCUCACUUCUUGCCCAAGUUCGCCAAUUACAGGCACUUCUCGCCGAACGGGAGGAGUCCCUGAAGACGGUGAAUUUGGAGAAGUCGCGACUGGAGUUGGAAGCAGAAGCUUAUUCGCAGCGCAUUCGGGCACUCGAUGACAGCGAACAGCGCUACAAGGAUGAAAAUUGGGCCUUGGAGACGCAGACCCAUGAGUUGAUGGCAGCUGUUAGAGAUGCCCACGAACGGGAGAAGAAACUCAACAGCAGCCUCAGCGCUUCCAACUCCGACAAAAGUGCUGUCGAACGAGAACUGGAGGAGCUGAAGCAAGCCAACUCAAAGCUCCUGGAGGAACAGACGGCCUUGCAGAAAGCCAACGAUUCUGAGAUGCACCUUUUGCGUCGGAAUCUGAACGCCGGCGAUUUGGAGAAAUGCGCCCUGCAGAAAAAGCUCGAAGAGCUAACCUCUCAGAACCAAGAGCUGGCGAAAGGCCUUGCCAUGCGUAUCCGACACCAUGAAUCCCAGGGUUCUCGUGAUAUUCCCGAUGACAACGACGGUUCCGACCAAGAACAUCUCACACCUGAUAACUCUCCGCCUCCGUCACCUAACAAAUUCACUCCCCGCCAUGGACACUUGGAAUCGGAAACUCUGAAAAGUUCUCUCGGCCAUGCUCAUCGCAUGAUUCAGAACCUUAAGAGCACUAUUCAUCGCGAGAAGACGGAGAAGAUCGAGCUUAAGCGCAUGUUACAAGAGGCCCGCGAUGAAGUCGAGCAGAAACGUCGUGAGACCGCUGCGCCAAACUCGAGCAAACGCCUGAAGUCCAAGCAAGACUCCUUCCGCAAACCUCUUCGUCCAGAUCUUCUGGGUGCCGGCCGUAAGGAGAAAUCGUUUGUUGAAUUGCACGACACCGAUUGGGAGGACAAUGCUGGACAGAUCAGCCCCACUCGCCAGGCCAUAGCAGCUGUUUCCAGAGACCGUUCUGGCGCUCGCUCUCCUGAUGAGCCGAGCGACGUCUACCAGACUGCCACCGAGGCUGAGGAUGGAUUCGAGACGGCGAAUGAGCGCGCAACUGCUACUGAGAGCGAGGCAUUCCAGACUGGCGUGGAAAGCAUGGCGGAUGACAGCAGCGACGACUCUGCAGACCUAACCGAGACCGAGAACAACGUCCAGAGAACGCCGCGCAAUCGGGUGGCCUCAUCGUUGAUGAUGGCCAAGGCCCGGGAUCGUACUUCCUACCACAGCUCAGCUUCCACCUCGGACGGUGACCAGACAGACGAUGGAGGUCAUCCCUCACCCAGCCAAAUGCAUAUCUCUCGUCCUCGUGUCAAGUCCAAGCGGAGCAUCUUGAGGCGUAUUCGUCCGUCUGGCGAAGCCCCGAUGGCCUCUGUUAGCCGGCCGGGAAGUUCACGCAACUCCCCUGCCCCAAGCUUCGAGCAAGGGCCGGUGGCGCAGGAGGGCCAAAGUCUCUUCGCCGAGCUUGCAGAGCUAGAAGGUGGUGAAGAGGAAGAUGAGGAGGGAGUUGCAGAGGGCUCUACCCCGCGUAUGGUACCUGCAUCGGGCUCUCGCAGACCCUCUGAGAUAAUGCUGGAUGCGCCACCCAAGCCUGUUAUGGUCGACAGUGGUGUGAUGACGGAUCCUUGGGAGCCUGCCACUCCUGUCAACGUCGUUAGCGAAGCUGCGCUUCCCGAGGCCCCGGCUACUCCGCAAAGAAGCCAGCUAGCAGACCGAGGGAUCGAUGCUGAGGCACAGGAGACCCCUAGGCUAGUCAGCUCUGGAACACAAUGGACCCCUCUCAAGUCCCCAGCUGCCGAGGGUGACCACCUGGCUAGUGUCCCUACGCCGCCGAAGAUGGUCUGGGAUCAGCGCUCUGUCAGAAGUCAAUGGGUCGAGGCAGGCACUCAAGCCGAGCUGGCUGAAAUGGGAAUGGCCACCAUCUCUACUCAAGAAACCGUUCCCGAGAUGCCCAAUUUCACAAAGCUGGGUAUUUCGUACGUUUCUGGAGGCUCUGUCGAGCCUGUUAAGCACGAGCUUCCUGUGCCUGAACUUCCAGAGAUGAAUGUCUCCACCAUUUCUUCGCAGUACACCGAGCCCGUUAUGGCAACAAUUCCUGAACCGGAGUCUGUCAUCCCUGUUGAACCUGUGCGAGAAUUGCCCCAAGUCACCAUGUCAUCUCUCUUCACCCAUCAUUCCAUUGAGCCCGUUCAGGCCCGACUCCCCGAACCUGAACCCAUCCCUGAACCUCCUGUUGUCGAAGAAGCUCUAUUGCUCGAGCUGGGUGUGUCGACUAUUGCCUCUCAACACACUGAGCCUGUUGAGCCUCGGCUUCCGGAACCUAUCCCAGAGCCAGUACCUGUCCUUAUUCCUGAGCCUGAGCCAGUUCUUUCCCAGUUGUCAAUCUCUUGGCUGGGUCCGACAUUCACACGCCCGGUAGCACCCAAGCUUAUUGAGCUUCCUCCUCUCCCGAGCCCCACUCUAUCUACUCUACGCUCGAUAGAGACUCGUCCAGUCCAAUAUGUGCCCCGUGUGGUUCCUCCGAUGACCGAUUUCGGCAUCCAAACAGACCCCAUGGAGGAGCCAAAGGCUGCGGCUGCUGCGGCUGCUGCUGCCGCCGCCACAGUUGUUGUCCAUGAAGAUGAGACUAGUGUCCCUGUUCGUAACCGUGCUGGUACCACUACUAGCGAGCGGCGCCUGAGCACUGGCUUGGCUCUUAGCGACAUUUCUGGUAAUGCCCUGCCUCAUAAUGGUCGACAACCGUCCAGCUCUGUCAGCAUGGACCAGGGCGCUCAAACCAUUCUUUCUUCGAAGCAGAUCGAUCAGAUUCUCAUGGAACGGGAGUCCGCGCGUCCUACUUCCGGCGACAGCGGUCAUACAAGGGACGCUGCGUUGGCGGCAGCGGCAGCGGCUACCGCCGCGGCUGCUUCACCAUUCGUUACUCCUAAGCUCAGGCCUCGCCCUCAACAGUCAUUUAAAUCAGGAACGCCGAGACGACCUGAUACUGCAACCAGCCAGGCAUCUGGUGUCAGCUCUCACCCACCAUUGCCUUCAGACCACCGCGAAACUAUCAUGGCUGCCGAGAAGAAGUCAGUCGACAUGCCUACGCCGUCCCCUGGGAGCAUGGGUCCUCCUUUGGCGCCUGCUUCUGCUUAUCGCAUGAACGUGCAAGGGCCACGAACACCAGGCGAGAACGCCAACCGCGCUGGGUCCACUCAGGGUACCGUAUCUACUCAAACUCGGAUGAGAAGAGGAAGUCAGAGCCAGAUGUCCAGGCGGUCCUCAGUGUCGUCGUUUGCUUCUGAGCUCGAGGAGCGGUUCAACAUGAACCCUCAUGCUGGCCCGAUGCCUCACGGCUAUGGACCUAACACUGACCCUCGCAUGAUCCAGGCAAUCACCCAAACAAUGAUUGGAGAAUUCCUCUGGAAGUAUACCCGAAAGACUGGUUCAGCGGACAUGUCGACCACACGGCAUCGGCGGUACUUCUGGGUCCACCCGUAUACUCGUACCCUAUAUUGGAGUGAAAAAGACCCACAGACCGCUGGUAAGAGCGAGCUUCGGACGAAGAGUGUGCCAAUCGAGGCUGUGCGAGUGGUCGCAGAUGACAACCCCUAUCCCCCGGGUCUUCACUGCCGAAGCUUAGAGGUUGUCAGCCCGGGCCGUCGAGUCCGCUUCACUGCCACCACAAGCCAACGACACGAGACUUGGUUCAAUGCCCUGUCGUACCUUCUCUUGCGUGAGACCAAUGAUAACUGCGAGGACAACGAUGACAGCGUGACGUUGGAUGACAUCGAUGAGUUCAACCCCGGCUUCCGCUCCGCCUCUCGCCAGACGGCUCGGAUGUCCCUGUCGUCCUAUAACAGUCACACCGUCCGUGGGAAGCCGAAGCAGCAACGUGCGGCCUCUGCCAUGUCCAUGCGUUCAGCUGGCACUCCUGGACGUGCGUCCCCCGCAUUCAGCUCGCCAGCUCCGAACUCCACGCUGCAGGUCCCUGAAGAACCCCCGCAGCGAUCCUCAUCCCGGCUCAGUUCAAUCCUCAACGGCUCGAUCCGCGGAUCGAUUGCCAGUCUAAAGGGACGCCAUGGUCAGUCUCCCAGUGUCAAAAACGAAAGCCUCCGUGGUCAAGACAGUGCCGAGAAUCUCGGACACGACCACGAAGAUGACGAUCGACUUGAGAACGUUCGUGCCUGCUGCGAUGGCAAACACGACGUGGGCUCGCUUUCCCGUACCAGCCGAUACAGCCCACGGGUCGACCGCAUCCACUCCCACCACUAA